AUGGAACCUGAUUCACAAAGAGACCUGCGUCAACCAAUUUCCAUUCUGGAGCGGUUAGGGACAGAGAUCGGAAUUGUAGCAGUGCAACUCAGCGAUCACAUUCGACAACAUGACUACCAUCCGCCAUCUUUCGAUAUCGACACUCCUAUUCAGGUGCUCCCUUCCACUGCCAGUCAAGAGGCCCAUGAACUCCGACGCAAACUGAAACGGGAUGCAUUGGCCUUGUUUCGCCUUGCUAGCGGUCCAAGCGAAUAUACUGCUCAUGUGUCCAUGAAUCAUCAAUAUACCGUCUGUCUCCGCUACCUCAGCCAGUUUCAGAUAUUCAGUCUAGUUCCACGGGAAGGAUCAAUCUCCAUUUCUGACCUAGCUGCGACCGCCCAGGUUCCCUUACCUCAACUCAACACCGUUCUUCGGAUGGCAGCCACGGGUGGUCUUUUCGAAUUCCAUUCCUCAGAUGCCAUCGGGCACUCGGCAGCUUCUUUGCUUCACUCCAAUAGCCCUCAAUUUACUGCAUGGAAUAAUUGCGUAUCGCAAUAUGUGUUCAAUGCAAGCGCUCAGCUUCCAGCAGCGACGCAGUUAUGGGGCGACAGUUGUGAUCCCACCCACAGCCCAUUCAAUCUUGCGUUUAACUCGACAUUGCCGUUCGGGAAGUUUUUAGCCAGCAAUCCCUCCAUUGCACAAGUUAUGGGUCAGUUUGUUCAGGCCACCGAAAUGGUGGACUCUAAUGAUGUCCGGCACCUUGUGACAGGGUAUGAAUGGGGAACUUUGAAAGAGGCCAUUCUUGUUGAUGUGGCGAGUGCAAGCCUUGCUCCUAUUCUUGCGCUAGCGAAAAUAUUUCCAUCUCUAUCAUUUGUAAUACAGCCACAAGAGAAGGCAGUGACGCAGAUCAAUUCCAUUUAUACAUCCCUGGAUGACGAGCUCCGAUCGCGAAUCACUAUCAUCCAAACUCAAGCAGAUCCGAGAGCAGGCGGUACACCGAUGGAAGAAGAAAAAUCAGGCUCAGAAAGAACCCAUUCUGGUCCUAAAAUCUUUCUGCUUCGACAUGCUCUCCACAAUCUGCCUGAUUACGUAUGCCAAUCUAUUCUGAAGAAUCUCUCAUACGCAUUGCAUGCUCAAAAGCCUCAUGGUCGGAUCCUGAUCAUGGAUAUGGUUCUUCCCGAGUACGGUGAGCUAGAUCCUUACGAAGAAGCCAUGUUGCAAACUAGACAGAUGAUUCAACUGGAACUUGCCAAUGGUCGAGGACGGAGUAUGAUGCAUUGGAAGAGUUUGGUCAGUCAGGUAGAGAGUGAGAUGGGUCAAUUGGUAGUGCGAAAGGUUUCGAGGCCGCCGGGUAGCGAUCUGUCCAUUCUGGAGAUCGAGCUGGAAGCCUGA